GCGAAUAAGUUUUAUAUAUAGGGAUUAAUAAAUGACUACAGCUCAUAGACCUACAUAUGAUCCAGCAAGAGGAAAAUCGAAUGAACAAGCGCCUACGCGUAUGUUUUCUUCUAGAUCUUUGCCAGCAUAUACAGUUCUUAAAUAUAGGGCAGUAGGGCAGGAAAGUAGUGAAGAAAUAGAACAAAGGGAUCUUCGUUUGGAGCUUUUAGAAGCGGAGGCAUCUCAUUUUUCUAAAAAAGAAGAUCCUUAUGAUAUUAAAAGAAUAUCUCAAAAUAAUGAACUUUUAAAAAAUAAUCAUGAAGAUCCUAAGAUAAAGCGUGCAAAGAUUCUUCAAGAGACGAGAAAUAUAGAUGCGGAUGAUGAUAAAGAAGAUGAGAGUGAGAAUAAUGAAGACAGUGAAGAUGAUGACGAUGAAGAUGAAACAGCUGAGCUUUUGAGGGAGCUUGAAAAGAUAAGGAGGGAACGUGCUGAAGAAAAUGAACGACUUGAACGUGAAAAGGCUCAAAAAGAUGAAGAACAAAGAGAAAGAGAAAUAGCUAUGGGGAAUCCUUUGCUUAAUAUAUCAUCUAAAGAUUUUAAUGUAAAACGGAGAUGGAAUGAUGAUGUAAUUUUUAAGGAUCAAGCAAGAGGUAUUUCUGAUCGUCCAAAAAAGGAGUUUGUUAAUGAUCUUCUACGGACGGAAUUUCAUAGGAAAUUUAUGAAGCGUUAUGUUAAAUAA